AUGGAGGCCCUGCAGGCCGCCCCGCAGCGGCCGACGCCGGCCUCCCGCGCGAGGCCCUCGCUAUCGCCGGCCCACGCGAUGUCCGAUGCCCGCGCCCUGCGCCAGGCCUCCUCGCCCCUGCGGGGGGCCACGGCCCCGAGCCGCCCGGGCCCCGCGCGGCUGAGCUCCUCGCCGCAGGGGGCAGCGUACCCAGCGUCCCCUGGCGUCCCGUGGGGCGGCGGACUGGCCGCGGUGGUGUGUCGGCCUGCGCAGCAGCCUGCGCCUCUGGCGGCGCCCGCUGUGGCACACCUGGCGCCGAAUGCCGCAGCCAGCCCCGCCAGGGCGCACUCGCCGGUGAGGCUCGCCGCAGUACGAGCUUCUCAGCCUCCAACGCGCCAGGUUUCGCACGGGCGGUCUCCGGUGCGGCAGGUGGCGCGGGUAGCCAGCCAGGCUCACGUGGACAACAGCCGUCCGCCAGCGCAGCCUGCUGGCGGUGACCCUCAGCCUGCGCCCACGGCCGGUGCCGAGCGCUUCGUCUGGCCAGAGAGGCCGACAGUGCCGGCGUCCUGGUGCUCGGCGGCCGGGCUGACGCCGCUGCAGGCCUGCCGCGUGCGCCGCGCCGCGCCCAGCCAGCAGCUCGCCGCGGCGCCAUUGCGCGGCGGCGUGGCAGGCCUUCCCGAUGCCAGGGCGUCCACCGCUGGGGCGCUGGAGAAGCCGGGGCAGCCGAGCGGGUGUGCGGCGGCGGGCUGCGGGGGCUCGUGCGCUUCGACGUGCGCCGGAGGGAGCUCCGCCGAGACCGCCGCGGUGGCCCCAGCGGCGGCGCCCGAGGUGCGCGUGGCCGGGCCCGCGGCGGGGCGGGUGCCCCCGUGGGCGCCAGACUGCUCCGAUGGCGAGCUCUUCGAGGAGGCGCGGCGCGUGCUGCGAGGUCUGGUGGCCCCGGAGCUCCUGGACCGGCUGACCCGGCGCGACAUCGUGGCCCUCCUGGCCGCGUCGGCCAGCGAGCCAGCGGCCCAGUGCGAGGCGGGCGCGGAGCCCGAGCCAGCGCCAGGGCCAGACGCGGACUCCUUCGCCCCGCCGGACGGGGCGCCCGGGGACGAUCCGGCGUCGCAGGAUGCAAGGCAGCCCAUCGAGAGCGACGGCGGUGCCUGCGGGAGGCACUGGGAGAGCUCGGCGGCGGCGGGCGACGGCAUCAAGGCGUGCGUGCGAGUGCGGCCGAUGACGGCCGAGGAGCGCUCAACGGGCUGGCUGGAGACUGCCUCCUGCAGGGCGCAGUGCGCGGAGGCGCUGCAGCUCGCCAACGAGCUCGGCCGGACCCGUGCCGAGGAGCUGGCUCUCGCCGCCCGCGCGGACGCGGACGGCCUGCGCGCUCUGGCCGCCCUGGGCGCCACGGAGGCGGGCGCGGCAGACGGGCAGCCGCCGCCGCCGCCGCUGGACUGCGAGCGCGCGCGGCGGCUGGCGCGCAACGAGGAGAGAGGCUGA